GGUUCGGUCUUGGUGUGGUUUUUUUCUUUUUUCUUUUUUCUUUUCUUGGUUGGAGUGGCUUGUUUCGUUGCAGAGACAGUGGAAGGAAACAGAGGGGAAGACAAGAAAGAUUGGUUAUUGUGUUUUUGUUUUAGUUUAGUUUGGAGUAGAUUUGAUACUAAAAGGACCUGUCUUUUUUUUUAAAAAGAAAAGAGAGUGAGAGAGAAAAAAAAAUCAAAUCUUGCUAAAAGUUUGGAUUUUUUUGUUCUUCAAGAUCAAAUUUUGAUUCACCUUAAUGGAUAAUCUUUAUUGAUCUUAUACAACUUGAGAUUUAUAGUUUCUUGGGUCUCAUGAGAAAGUUCUGUUACUUUUCAUUUCCUUACCUAUCUUAACUAAAAGCAGAAACUAACUUUGCACAUUAAGUUUUGUUGCUGUUGUUUUUUUUAAGAUAUACUUCUGGCCUUUUCUUUGAUUUUCUGGUAAAGCAAACCAAAGGGUCCCGAGUGAAUGGAAGAAAAGAUCAUGAGCUAAGGAAACCCGAACUCUGUAUUUCCUUUUAAUUUUUUGCCAUUACUAUAAAGGGAAAUACCAACUACCUUGAAGUUCUAGCGAACUCUAGAUUUCCUUUUUCACUUUCAAGUCGCCACUUGCCAAGUCCUUCAACAUGCUAAAAAGAUUGCAAUUUCAGUUUUCCCUUUUUCCCAUUUUCUUUUCUCAGCAACCAAACAGACCAGUUGAUGGGAUAGCCAGCUAAGUCUAUGGUGUGGAGGGCUUUUAUCUAUUUACUAGUAGUACUUGUUUAGCUCCUCCUUCAAAAUUCUAGAUGGAGGGAUAUUGGAAUUCCCUAUCAUAAUGAAUAUUCUCUGUUUUGUCUUUCAGAUUCACAGGUUUUGGAUCUACAACAAGGAAACAUCAUUUUGUUUUUUUUGAGGUAGUGGGUAUUGAAUUCUAGAGGCAAUGAGGCAUUUUUCCUCCAUGUUCAAUGGAUUAGCAAGGUCGUUUCCUAUUAGAAGAGGGAAAAAUUCAGAGAAUGAUGAUGGAAGAGAAGCUGCUGAGGCAAUGGCAAAGGAUGCAAAGAAGAAUGACCUGAUUUUGAGGUCUUCUGGUUUUGUAAAUGUUGACGGUUCCAACAAUUUAGCCUCAGUUUUUUCCAAGAGGGGCAGAAAAGGAGUGAACCAGGAUUGCGCAUUUGUAUGGGAGGAAUUUGGAUGUCAAGCAGACAUGCUAUUUUGUGGGAUAUUUGAUGGCCAUGGUCCAUGGGGUCAUUUUGUAGCGAAAAAGGUCCGCGAAUCAAUGCCUUCGUCCUUGCUUUGCCAUUGGCAAGAGACUCUAGCUCAGACAUCCCUUGACCCGGACAUCGAUUUGGAAUCAGAUAAAAAGCAUCAGAGAUUCGAUAUAUGGAAGCAUUCUUAUCUAAAGACUUGUGCUGCUGUUGAUCAGGAGCUCCAACAGUGUCGGAAGAUUGAUUCCUUCUACAGUGGAACAACUGCCUUGACAAUUGUCAGACAGGGUGACCUCAUGUAUGUAGCCAAUAUCGGUGAUUCUCGGGCUGUUUUGGCAACAACUUCAGAUGAUGGAGACUUGAUUCCCAUUCAGCUUACUGUUGAUUUCAAACCCAAUUUACCUCAGGAGGCUGAGCGGAUAAUUCAGUGCAAAGGGCGGGUGUUCUGUUUGCGUGAUGAGCCAGGUGUGCACAGGGUUUGGCUGCCCCAUGAGGAGUCACCGGGACUGGCAAUGUCUAGAGCUUUUGGGGAUUACUGCAUAAAGGAGUAUGGACUUAUUUCCGUUCCUGAAGUCACACAGAGACGUAUAACCAGCAGAGACCAAUUUGUUGUGCUUGCAACUGAUGGGGUAUGGGAUGUUAUUUCCAAUCAGGAAGCAGUCCAAAUUGUAUCUUCAACACCCGACAAGGCGAAGGCAGCUAAAUGCCUGGUCGAGUGUGCUGCCCAUGCUUGGAAAAAGAAGAGGAAGGGUAUUGCAAUGGAUGAUAUUUCAGCCAUCUGCCUCUUCUUCCACUCAUCUGCUGUAUCUCAGCCUGAAGCUAAUCUUGUUACAACUUCAAAAUAGUACUAAUGUAAAUGAGCGAGGUAAAUUGCUCCUAAAAGUACCUAUCGAUCAAAUAUUGUAUUUCUUAGUUCAAUGCAAUUGAUAAAAAAAUGUCCACUUUCAUUCACA